AUGCACUGUCGCGCGAAGCACGGCUACGAGAAAACUGACAAGUGUUCCUACUGCAACUACAGGGCUUCUAAUGCUGAGCAGGUGAAGGUAGGUUUAUAUGUGGUAGUGUUGAUGCACUGUCGCGCGAAGCACGGCUACGAGAAAACUGACAAGUGUUCCUACUGCGACUACAGGGCUUCUAAUGCUGAGCAGGUGAAGGUAGGUUUAUAUGUGGUAGUGUUGAUGCACUGUCGCGCGAAGCACGGCUACGAGAAAACAGACAAGUGUUCCUACUGCGACUACAGGGCUUCUAAUGCUGAGCAGGUGAACGUAGGUUUAUAUGUGUAG